UUCCAUUGGUGCAUCGUUCCACUUCUUCCAUUCCCUUAACCUCAAUUUCUCUCAUAUUCAUCUUCACAUCGUAGUUUUCUUUGUGUACAGUUGAAUUCCCCUCUUUGAAUCAUCAAUUGAACAAGACUUUGAAGUCGCAGCUAUUCUCACUGUUAAACGGACUCGAAGAAAUACACGGUCAAACUACAAGAAACAGAGUCAAUUGUACAAAUCUCACAACGAUAAGGGGUAACAAUGUCUAUGUUCGCAUCUACAUUUCGAUGGCUGCAGAGGAAGAGAUAUCAAUAUGAGGUCACAUUCUCAUUGUACAUGUUGACACCCACAGAGAAAUUUAUAUUUAAUUCGUUCCUCUUUCUCUUCUUUAGCAUGAUCAUUAUUGCCAUGACACUUUAUCUCCCACAGCAUAUCACAUUUCUUACCAACCGCGCCUGGUUCUACUACAAUGGAGACGAGUCCGCCAAGUCUGCCCUUACAUCUGCGAGUCCGGUCAUAGAAGCAGUGGCCAAGGAAACCAUUGCAAAAGCUGUCGCGGUUGGAGCUGGGAAGGAAUUAUGAUUCUGGACUUUCACGCAUGAAACGCAUGUACUGGGGGCCAUGUACUAGUAUCAACGAUGGGAUGUGAGAAAUGAGAAAACGCGGCGGUGACGACUGAAUUUAUUUUGUUUUUAUACGGGAGUUAAUGAUUGCGAUGGGAUAGAGCGGACGAACAUACACCUAGCAUUGUUGUAAUACUUAAUCAUGAGGCGGGCAUGGAAUUUGAAUAGAUAUUUUGUUUGAGAAGUUGCCAUG